AAUAAGUCAAAAGAUUCUUUACUAUGAAGUUUGCAGCAGCAAAAACCACCAGAAAGCAAUAAAAGGGAAAACAAAAACCUCAUUUUCAUCAGGACUUUCAGAAAACCUAACUAGUUUUCUUCUGUCACCAUGGAUUAUGAGUUAGCUAAGAUAUUAUCCUUUACCAUGCCCUUUAUUCUCUUCAUGAUUUUGGCACUCAAAAUAGGGACCAGUCUCAAGAAAACUGGGUCAUCUCAAAAAAUACCACCAGGACCAUGGAAGCUACCUGUCAUAGGAAACAUACACAAUCUUCUUUCAUCUGCACCACACAGAAAAUUAAGAGACUUAGCCAAAAUAUAUGGUCCUUUGAUGCAUCUCCAACUUGGGGAGGUCUUCACAAUCAUUGUUUCCUCACCAGAAUAUGCCGAGGAGAUCAUGAAAACCCAUGAUCUCAUCUUUGCAUCAAGGCCUACAAUUCUAGCUUCUGAUAUAUUGUGCUAUGAAUCCACUGAUAUUGUGUUUUCUCCUUAUGGAAACUACUGGAGACAGCUACGAAAAAUCUGCACAGUAGAACUUUUCACCCAGAAACGUGUCAACUCAUUCAGACCAAUAAGAGAAACUGAGUUCACCAAUCUCGUUAAAAUGAUUGAUUCUCAUCAGGGGUCAUCCAUCAACCUCACUGAAGCAGUUCUUUCAUCGAUAUACAACAUCAUUUCAAGAGCUGCGUUUGGCAUGAAAUGCAAAGACCAAGAAGAGUUCAUAUCAGUGGUAAAAGAAGGAGCACUAGCUGUAUCAGGUUUGAGCAUUGGAGAUUUGUUUCCUUCUGCCAAAUGGCUUCAACUUGUUACUGGUUUGAAGCCUAAGCUUGAGAAGCUGCAUCGACAAAUUGAUCGGAUUCUGGGAGACAUCAUCAAUGAACACCAACAGACAAAUCCAAAAGCCCCAGAAGGCCAGGGUGAAGCAGACGAAGAUUUGGUAGAUGUUCUCCUAAAAUUCCAGGAUGGUAAUGAGAGAAACCAUGAUAUUUGCUUAACUAUUAACAAUGUCAAGGCUAUAAUCCUGGAUAUCUUUUCUGCUGGAGGAGACACAGCAGCUUCUACCAUUAAUUGGGCAAUAGCAGAGAUGAUAAGGGAUCCGAGAGUAAUGAAGAAAGCACAAUAUGAGGUGAGAGAGGUAUUCAAUAUGAAAGGAUUGAUUGAUGAAACAUGCAUGGAUGAACUCAAAUACUUGAAAUCAGUGGUCAAAGAGACCUUAAGGUUACAUCCACCAGCUCCUCUUUUACUUCCAAGAGAAUGCAGAGAAGCAUGUGAGAUUAAAGGGUAUCAUAUUCCAGCUAAAAGCAAGGUAAUUGUGAAUGCUUGGGCAAUUGGAAGAGAUCCAAACUAUUGGAGUGAAGCAGAGAGGUUUUAUCCAGAGAGAUUCAUUGAUAGCUCUAUUGAUUACAAAGGGAGUAGUUUUGAGUACCUUCCAUUUGGUGCUGGAAGAAGAAUAUGCCCAGGUAUCACAUUUGGUUUGAUAAAUAUUGAAGUGGCACUUGCAUAUUUGUUGUAUCACUUUGAUUGGAAGCUUCCGAAUGAAAUGAAAAGUGGGGACUUGGACAUGACUGAGGAAUUUGGAGUGACUGUUAGAAGAAAAAAUGACAUAUGCUUGAUACCAGUCACUUAUAGCCAUGCAAGAAAGUUAUGAACUUUAGCUUCAUCAUUAUACUUUUGCUUCAGACAUAUCAUACAAGGGAUUGGCAUUACUCUCUACUCAAAACCUUAAGGCAAUGGAUUAAUGGACGUUGUUAGAAGUUUCACGUCGACUAGAGAUAAGGCCAAAUUAUAAUAUAUAAGUGAGGUGCAAAUCUCACCUUACAAGCUGGUUUUGUGGGAUUGAGUUAGUCUUAAACCCACUUUUUAAUAUAGUAUCAGAAUCAUAGUUAGAGUCUAUCCUAACGAGUUUUAUGUGGACAUUUUUGUUUCCAUCCGUUGUCGAGCCGCUAUCGGACCAUCCAAUUUCUACUAUCACGCUCGAAAUAUUUAUACCUCGGCAUGAAGAUGGUGUGUUGGAAAUCUCACAUCGACUAGAGAUAAGACAGUGCAAACCUCACCUUACAAGUCGGUUUUGUAGGGUUGAGUUAAACUUAAACUCACUUUCUAAUAGAUCUUUCACUUUUAUAUAGUGUUCUACUUUCUUAUUUCUAUCUAAUGUGAGAUUUGGACUCACACUUGGAUUUUCAAUUGUAUCAUUGUUAAUUUUAUUAGAUCUGAAAAAAUUUUAAUGCAUCCAAAA